AUGGUCAUGAAGAAUUUGGACUGUCAGGCAUAUGUGACGAGUUUCAACACCAUGUCCCGCCUGGUUCUCUACUUAGUCACCCCUGAACCUAAAUGCAUAGUGCGUUUUAUUGGAGGCCUAGCACCAGAAAUUAAAGGAAAUGUCAAAGCAUCCAGGCCUACCACAUAUAGGUCCGUGGUGGACUUAUCCUUAUCCCUCACAUUAGAUGCUAUCAGAAAUAAGUCUGUUAAGACUUCUGAUGAGGGAAAAAGGAAAAGAGAAGAGGAAAGCUCUCAUCAUUCAGACACGAAGAAAAAGGGGAAUUCUGAGCAUAAGAAGGGUUCUGAGUUCAAGAAAAACUCGAGUCAGUCAGAUAAUAGACCCAAGUGCAAGAACUGCAGGAAGCGUCACUCCGGAAAAUGCACUAUGGACCCGCAGGCUAAACUUUGCGAGAUCUGCAAAACAAAAGGGCAUAAAACCUUAGAAUGCAGGGAGUUAAAGAACGCAACUUGUUACAACUGUAAAGAGAAAGGGCAUAUCAAAACCAACUGCCCCAAACUUGCAAAGAAGCCUGAAGAGGCCAAGAAGACCAACGCUCGAGUUUUUUAG